AUGUACCGGGACGACCAUCACGACUUGGCAGAUCGCGCAGAGCUGUCGGAAGCCGCACUUGUCCAAUUGAUUGAGUCGCGGUUUCGGCGGAACCUGGUGUACACCCAUGCAGGGUCGGUCCUCCUUGCGGUGAACCCAUUCCGUCGCAUAGAGGAUCUUUAUGGACAAGACAUGCUGCAAGAGUAUGAAUCCCCCAAUGCAGCGCCACAUAUCUACGGUGUCGCCGCCAAUGCCUACCGCGCGAUGCAGCUAAUGCAUUCAUCAUCGUCCAACCAGACGAUCCUCAUAAGUGGGGACAGUGGCAGCGGCAAGACCGAGUGCACCAAGCGCAUGUUGGAUUAUUUUGUGCACGUCGGUCGAUCCUCAGACACGUCGUCGGAACGGCUGACCCGCCACAUCGUCGCCGCCAACGUCGUGCUUGAAGCGUUUGGCAACGCGCAGACCCUCCGCAACUCCAACUCCAGUCGCUUUGGCAAGUUCAUCCAGCUGGAUUUCAGUGGAGACAGCCAUCGCCUCUUCAGCGCCUCCAUCCAAACGUACCUCCUCGAGACCGUGCGUAUCGUAAACCCCGCCGCCGCCGAGCGCAACUACCACGUGUUCUAUGCCCUCCUCAGUGGAGCCCCCUCGUCGCUUCUUGCCACGUGGCAGCUUGUCCCGUCUCCCACUCCAACUUCUUCCACCUUGCACGGCAAUAGCAAACUCCGUGGUGUUGCCACUCACACUUUUCGAUAUAUCCCCCAUCCCUCCAGCAGCAAUUCGUGCAAACAAAACCUUCUACAUGAUGACAGCGCCAUGUUCACAGCCUUAGAGACUGCGAUGACGUCGCUAGGUCUUCCAGCCACCGAUGUCUACCGUGUUGUCGCAGUUGUCCUUCACCUGGGCAACGUGUCCUUUGACGAAACCAACUCGUCGGUAUCGACACACGCCAUGGCGGCGGCGGCGGCACUUUUACAAGUGCCGCUGCCGGACCUGCAAGCUGCAUUAACCACCCGCGCGCUGGUGGUCGCCAACGAGGUACAAGUUCUGUCGCUGUCAGCCGUGGAAGCAGCGCAAGCGCGGGAUGGCAUGGCCAAGGCACUGUACGCGCGGCUGUUUGAGUGGCUCGUCGAACACAUCAACGGCCGCCUCAACCUAUCACAUCCAUCAACAGCUACAUCGCCAUCGUCAUGGAUUGCAGUGCUAGACAUGUUUGGCUUUGAGCAUUUUGGUCUAAACUCGUUUGAACAGCUUUGCAUCAACUACACAAACGAAGUGCUCCACCAGCAUUUUGUCCAGCACGUGUUCAAGCUCGACGCAGCAGAGUACGCCGCGGAAGGGCUGGCAUGUCCGUUGAGUACGACUCCAUAUGUCGACAACGAAGACUGCAUCGCCCUUUUCAGUGCCAAACACACUGGCCUAUUUGCACUUUUAGACGAAGAGUGCGUCCUUGCCCGUGGGUCGGACGCAGCGUUCGCUUCGAAAUUGCACAAGGAACAUGCCACCCGUCAUCCCCGUCGCUUCACCGCGUCUCAUGGCCAGCUCAGCCAGCGCAAGUUUACAAUCCACCACUACGCGGGGUCGGUCGAGUACACCGCUGUGGGCUUUCGCGACAAAAACUUCGGCGUGUUGGCACCCGACGUGGUCGAGUUGCUGCGGGGCCGGAGGAGCACCGACGCCUUUGUCCGGCAGUUGUUUCAGUCGUCGUCCCCGUCGAGGCACAACAAGCCCCGGCGCCACGAGAGUGUUGCGAGUCAGUUCCAAAGCCAGCUCGGGACACUCAUGAAGCGGCUGCACACUGCGCAAGUGCAUUACGUCCGGUGUCUCAAGCCCAACGACGCCGCCGACCCCGCGUUGUUCCUCACCGAUCGACUGCGCCACCAACUCAGGUGCCACGGCAUACUCGACGCCAUUCGCAUCGCUCAGCUGGGCUUUCCUGUCCGCCUGUCACACGCAGCGUUUCAGAGCCGGUAUCGACCUCUUCUGCACCGCCAGCAGGUCUGUGACGAGGACAGUUUACACGACCUUAUCAAUGCAUUGGUAACGUAUUAUGGAGAUGCAACCAGCGACAGGGGAAGCAACGCUCAACGUGAUGGGGGUGAACUAUCCCGUGGAACGCUACACCGGCAACAUAUUCAGGUCGGCAGAACCAAAGUAUUCAUGCAAGCCGCGGUGCACAAGAAUCUGGAAGUCCGUCGCGCCCGCGUUGAGCUCAGGGCCGCAAGCGUCCUUACUCACGCCAUGCAGUCGUUCGUGUAUCGUCGGCGCUUCCAACGGCUUCGACAGACGGCGGUGUGGUGUCAGCGACAUGUGCGACGGGUACAAAGCCAACGCCGCCAUCACAACAUCGUCAUCACGCGGCUGCUGCGCGAGAAAGAAGCCGUCACCGCCGCCGCGACAACCAUCCAAUCGGUCGUACGGAGGAUGUUGGCGCGACGCCAGUACGUCCGACAUUUACACUGCGUAGUGGUGUUGCAAGUGUGGUGGAUUCAAAGACUACUUCGACGUCGUCGCUUGGAACAAGGUCGGCAGCAAGAUCAAACGCUGCCGCCGUCACCGCCUCGAGUAGCCGCGUCGUCCAUCAUCCGGUCCUCAUGGGCACCAAAUUCCGAGGAGGGCUCUUUCAGCGACGGCAUGCUAGAUGUCCUAUGGCGCUCGUCGCCCCCUGCGACUUCGCUCGACCCGGACGCCGCCCGCCCUCGAACCUUUUUCCAUCAUAAACCCACGUCUCCAAGCUCUUCUAGGGCAUGGACAGCGCUGCCGCCGCUGACCCUCGUGGAUCCAGCCACCUUGCCGCCCCUGGCCGACUACUUUUCCUGUUCAGGUUGUACGAAGCGAUUUACACUGGUGUUUCGUCGCAAGUUUUGUUGCCUGUCGUGCCGCCACGUCGUAUGCAGCCGCUGCUGCAAUGUGGUCGGGAUCGUCGCCGGCAAGAAGGCGCGGGUGUGCCUCGUGUGUGCGGCGCUGCAUCGCACGACCGACAACUGCACUGCACGGCCAUGCCAUUCACAACUCAAUCAAGCCAUGGUGACGGAGGAGAAGGUGUGGCACCGCCCGUGGCCUGAACCGCCGCUGCCGGACAAUGAAAUGAGCCGCCUCGCUGCGGUGGCUCGACUGAACAUCGACGACGUCCGGCACGACAUGAUGAUCCAGCAUAUGUGCACCAUGGUCUACCACACAUGGCCUGGCGCGGUGGCGUUCGUGGGCAUCAUGGGCAAGAUGAAGCAGGUGAUGGUGACCUCGGUGGGUAGUAGGAUGUUCCCGGACCAACUCCCGCGGGACAUGGCCUUCUGCGCGCACACGAUUUGUGGAACGAAACCGCUUGUGGUGAUGGACGCGACGAAAGACCCGCGAUUCAUGCAUAACCCCCUUGUGAAAGCCGACAGGCGGAGCAAGAAGUUCUGCUUCUACCUUGGUGCGGCAGUCGUCGACCUCGAAAGUCGGCAUAUCCUGGGCACGAUUGCUGUGCUCCACACGAUCUCAAGGAAGGAUUCUGUGCAAAAGUGUGAGCUUCAAGUGCUGGAGAACUAUGCGCGCGUUGUGAGCCGCCAGCUCACGAUGAACAUGCACGGAUGGCGGCCGUCGGAUAUAUCGUCGUGAUCUUUAGCUUUCAUUCUCGCCUUCGAUAGGUGCAUUUUCAACGAAUACUAUCACAGUAUGCUUAAAUAAUGAAACUUGAUUUGCU